AUGGGCACCUCAAAAAUUAGAGACUAUGAUAGCAUCACAUCUUUUCUUGGAUCUUGGGGACCAUUUCAGCUGAAGAUUUUUUUAACACUGGCCAUCAGCAUCCUCCCGAAUGGGUUUGUUGGCAUCUAUAUAGUAUUUGUGGGGGAUACCCCACCUCACGAGUGCCAUAUCCCUGAAAACUACAACAUCAGUGAGAUGUGGAGAAAUGAGACGAUCCCGUUGGAAACAGUCGAUGGCAUUGCAAAGCGCAGCUCUUGCUCAAGGCUUAACCUGGAAAUACUCAGGAACUACUCUCAAAAUAAAAUCAUCCCAAAUGUGGAUGUGAAUGUGAGUGAAAUUCCUUUGGAGAGCUGCCUGGAUGGGUGGACAUACAGCAAAGAAAUCUACCAGUCAACCAUUGUCACUGAGUGGGACUUGGUAUGUGAGAAUGCAUAUAAAACUCCGCUGACCACCUCUAUCCAUUACGUUGGUGUGCUAGUGGGAGCGUUUGUCUCAGGCCAGGUUUCAGACAGGUAUGGAAGGAGGCCAGCACUCUUUCUUAUGAUGGUUCUUCAGACUGUGGCAAUCACAGCGCAGAUAUUCUCUCCAAGCUGGGAGGUCUUCACCCUCAUUUACUUCUUUGCUGGGGCUGGGGGAUUCUCCAACUAUAUCAUUGCAUUUGUGCUGGGUACAGAAAUUCUAAGCCCAAAAGCCCGUGUGGUGUUCUGCUCCCUUGGGGUUUUCAUGGCCUCAGCUUUGGGAUACAUGGCAAUGCCAGCUGUGGCUUACCUCCUUCGUGAAUGGCGGAUGCUGCUGAUUUCCAUGGCUGCCUCUAGCUUGAUCUACAUCCCUAUGUGGUGGUUAGUCCCAGAGUCUCCUCGCUGGCUGUUCAAUCGGGGAAGAGUGAGAGAGGCUGAGGCCAUACUGAGAGACGCUGCCAAAAGAAAUAACGUACAGGCUCCAGAGGCCAUUUUUACCCAAGCUGAGAUUGAAGAUGCACAGGCUAGCAAAGACAAGAAUUACAACAUUUCGGUUAUCCUGAGCAGCUGCAAUAUGUUCUCCAUUACAAUACUGUGUUCGCUUCUGUGGAUCAUCAUCACCAUUAGUUACUAUGCUUUAAUCCUCAACACUUCAAACCUGCACGGCAACCCUUACAUGAACUGCUUCUUGUCUGCUGUGACAGAAGUGCCAGCUUACAUAAUAGCCUUGUUACUGCUCCAGUACUGCUCCAGACACUUCUGCCAAUCAUCUACACUCUUCCUUGGAGGCGUUAUGAUCCUCUGUGUUCACCUCAUUCCAAUUGAUUUACCGGGUGUGUCUGUGUUUCUUGAGAUGUUGGGGAAGUUCGGUAUAACAUCUUCAUUUUGUGUGGUGUAUGCCGUCACAUCAGAGCUCUUCCCCACUGUUAUCAGAAAUACAGCAAUGGGGUGUUGUUCCAUGGCUGCUCGCAUUGGAACCAUCGUCUCCCCCUUUAUCAUUUUUCUCGGACAAUACUUCAAGGCACUCCCAUACAUACUGAUGGGAGCUUUAGCCAUUUCUGGUGGAGUCUUGUGUCUCCUGUUGCCAGAAACAUAUGGGAAGGCUUUGCCAGAGACCAUACCACAAAUGCAGCAAAUAUGCAGGAGAGGAGAAAAAAAAGAAAAGGAAGCUGAAAAUGGAGAGAGCACAGCUGAUAAUCAAAAUAAAGAAUCCAAAUUAUAG